AUGUUCAUACGUUCAUUUUCCACUUGUUCCAAGUUUUCCAAAGCAGCAUGCUCCAUAGUCCAACCGGUUCACCAUAAAGUCAAGAUUAAUAAAUUAAAGUUGACUCCCCGUUUUCCUGAGUUAAAAUAUGAAAAAAAUGAUAUCAGAUCUCCACGUUUUAAACCAACAGUAACCCAUCAAGAUCGUGUUAAAGAACAUUACUACAAUACCCUUCAGUCGGAUUUGCUAUUAAUAAACUAUAAACACAACACUUCUAUAGUAAAAGGUUCGAAAAUUCGUAAAUGGGAUGGAUCUUCCCCAUAUCACAUCAAUAGACCCCCCGCUAGACCUGCUGGCCUAACCAAUGAAACCCCAGACAUAAAACCUAUCAGUCCACACAAUAUUCCAGAAAUUACCGGUAUAGUCAUCAAUUGUUAUGUUAGUGACUCUAAAGAAAAUCAAUUGUUACCUAUCGCUGCCAAGUUACAAUUGCAGCAAAUAACUGGAGUUAAACCGGAAACUCUAUACGCUAAGACCGAUGUUCCAUCAUGGGGUGUUAGACGUGGUAAUCCAAUGGGCGCCAAAGUCAUUUUGAAAGGGCGUCCAUUAUCUCAAUUUAUCUCUACUUUGACUGAAAUUGUUUUACCAAGAAUUAGAGAAUAUAAAGGUAUUAGAGAAACUAGCGGUGAUAAAAAUGGUAACAUUGCAUUUGGAUUAACACCUGAGGAUGUUAAAUAUUUCCCUGAAAUUGAUGCAAAUCAUGAUUUAUGGCCAAAAACUUUUGGUAUGCAUAUAACCAUGCAAACUAGCGCUCAAACUGAUGAACAUGCAAAAACUCUAAUCAGUGGCCUUGGAUUUCCAUUUACUAAUACUAAACGAGCACUAUAA